CGGCCAUGAUGGAUUUAUUUAAAUAUUCAUAAUUAUGUCAUCUUCCCUCAUUGUAGAUCGAACUGCAUCCAGAUGGCCAAGGAGUGGAAAUUGCAUUGCAGAAAAUUCAGUUGAGAGUAUAGUUUUGAGCAUUAUAUCAAUGCUUUCUAGCCCCAACGAUGAAUCCCCUGCAAAUGUUGAAGCUGCGAAAGAAUGGAGAGAAAGAAGAGGCGAAUUCAGGAAGAAAGUCAGUCGUUGUGUCAGAAAAUCACAAGAAAUGUGUUAAUUUUCCUUAAUAAUCACCUCCAGCAAUGGAUCUAUGUAGACGAUUUUAAUUCUAUUUAUUAACAAUUAUUCUUAAACAAC